CUCAGUUGUGGAAGCUGUUGUUCAACAGUUUGUCAGUUCAGCGAUAACCUUCACCGAGUCAUGAAGUCACCGAGUCUUUUGGUGGCUCUAGCUGUUGCCAGUUUCAUGACUUCUCAUUGCUUGUAUGCUGAAGAGGGUGACGAUGUUCAACAACCCAAGCCUUCGGGCCCAGAUCUCAAAAAGUUAGCCAAGGCCAUAACAUUUUUCUCUAUGGACAUGCACACAGUUCUGAGUGAGACCAAAGAGAGCUUUUUGUUCUCGCCAAUCGGCAUUCACCUGGCUUUGGUAAUGGCACUUGUUGGAGCGAAAGGCCCAACUGCUAAUGAAAUGAAGAUAGCUUUAGAGGUGAGUUUUUAUUGUUAUAGUUUGGGUGGCCAAUUUGUAUUGUUAUAGUUUGGGUGGCCAGUUUCUAUUGUUAUAGUUUGAGUGGCCAAUUUGUAUUGUUAUAGUUUGGGUGGCCAAUUUCUAUUGUUAUAGUUUUGGUGGCCAGUUUCUAUUGUUAUAGUUUGAGUGGCCAAUAUGUAUUGUUAUAGUUUGGGUGGCCAGUUUCUAUUGUUAUAGUUUGGGUGGCCAUUUUCUAUUGUUAUAGUUUGAGUGGCCAAUUUGUAUUGCUUUAGUUUGGGUGGCCAGUUUCUAUUGUUAUAGUUUGGGUGGCCAGUUUCUAUUGUUACAGUUUGAGUGGCCAUUUUGUAUUGUUAUAGUUUGGUUGGCCAGUUUUUUUGUUAAGGUUUGGGUGGCCGCGUUGUCUAUACCGAGUCUAUCCAAAAAGCAGUCUGUCAGGAGCGAUAAGACUAGACAAACAAAACAUCACGAGCUCCCGGAUUGGACGGGAAUCGUUAAAUUUGGAUCGCAACUCAUCUGAGACAAGGCAAGCUCUAAAUACAAACCUGGAGAUGGAGUCCCGUAGGCGGAUAACAUUGACACAAUGAAUUUUCUGGCAAAUCCUGUUACGCCAAUGAUUAAUAGAUGUUUCAUCCAAAAAAAUGAAUGUUCCCUUGGGUUGAUAUUGUGGAGAGUUCGGACCUCGACGGCGCCUGACGUAAUCCGUCUGACCACCCAAGCUUGUGGAGAGUCGGACCACGCACGAGCGCCGGACCACGACGGCGCCUGACGUAAUCCGUCUGACCGAAGGAUCAAGCUUGUGGAGCACGACGGACCCAAGGAUCAAACGCCUGACCACUUACGGCCGUCUGACACCCAGACACGACCAUCCAUCUGACCAGGGCAUUUACCUGGGACGUCUAGACCGACAAUUGAGAAAAAGGGGGCGGGGUAUAAUCUGGACUGGGAGAGGAACUAUGGGACAAGGAGGUAUAAAUAGGGAAGAAGGCGGACGGACUAGGAACGGGAGAGCAGGGAGAAGUCAGAGUUGGGAGAUGAGUGAAAGUGUAAGCAAGUGACAGAUCAAAUAAAGAACACGAGUUUAAUGAUCAAUUGUAUCACCGGAGUUGUUUACUUAUUGAGUACCAGAUCUGGAUGAAGUUUGUCAGAUAGUAAGCAAGUUCCCUUACAAUGGUGGCAGCGGUGGAAUUCUUAACCUUGCAACGACUCCGAAGAGACGUACAUUUUCGUUAGCCUGACUAGAUGAAAAGUACAAGGCGCGGAAGAUUGACAGCAAGCACAAUGUCUUCACAGCACUUACACAACAUCCCAACGUACAGUGGAACGUCUACAUGGCACACUUUUAUCGUGCAGUUUGAGACCUUGGCAAGAAUUUUCAAGUGGAGUGAUGACGAUAAACUCCUCUAUCUCUGCUUUUCAUUGAAGGAUGCAGCUGCGGAAUUUGCGUACAGCGAAUUAAGCGAAGCUGAGAGGGACAGCUACGAGAAACUCAAGGAUGCUCUGGCUAAUCGGUUUAAGGACCAUCGAACACCUGCAUUCUUUCAAAAUGUUUUAGACAAACGCAGGUUCUUGAAAUCAGAGACCACAGCUGAGUACGCUACAGACCUCAAGAGAUUGGUUACAAAAAGCUUCUCAAUGGCAGACCAGGCUACAAGAGAUGCCAUUGGGUUUAAACAGUUCUUACGUGGGCUGCCUGACCAGUCUAUGGUGAUACAAGUAGGCACUAUGGCUGUUCCUCCCACCGUGGACAAGGUGAGAGCUGCCUUGGAUACAAUCUUAAAUCUGAGGGACAACGUUUGUUUACCAACACAGCAAGUAGCAUCAAUGGCUACCGACAACUUGGCCACAGAGGUUAGCGGCCUGAGAGAGGACCUUAGGGAAUUCAUGGCCUCACAGCGAGGGGCAGUUACUCAUUCGGCACGUGAAAGGGGAGAUAAUUGGAGGGCGGAACCCAGUUGUUUUGGCUGUGACCAAAUCGGUCAUAUUUCACGGAAUUGCCCAAAACAAGAGACCAUAAGGACGAAAUCUUCGUCGUUAAAACUAAAUCACAUCUCAUCGAAGUCAAAUGUUCACAACCUUCGUCCUAAUUUUGUGUUUGUGCCUGUGAAAGUGUGCGGCGUUAGGACAGAUUUCCUCAUGGACACUGGAGCGGCCGUGACAAUUUUGUCCAAGAGAUCUUUUAAUAGAAUGCAGCAGAGACCGAAGUUGAAUACCCACCUCGUCCCAUUACAUCUACAGUCAGCCAGUGGUACGUCUAUAAAACUCCAUGGAGUCUGCGACCUAGACUUGCUUAUUGGAGAGAAGAUUUAUCCAUGGGCGGUGCAUAUCGCAGACAUAACCGACGAUGGUUAUCUAGGAUUCGAUUUCCUAUGUCACUAUGACUUUUCCUUUUCAAUCAAAAGGGGUCUCAACCUACAUAGAGACAAGGUGCCAGUAAUAACAAAAUGUGUAAAUUCAGUGACUCAACAGGACCAGUCUUAUUCGUUGGUAGGAAACGGUGAUCUCAAUGAGGAAGAGGACAUCAUUCCAUUAUCCACCACUAGUAACCAGAUGCCAGCAGCAGCUGUUGUGAAAAUCAACAUGGUGACGACUCGCAGUAAAACGCAUCCUCCCGUGAACCCACUUAAACCCUCGCCCGGAGGAGCAACCACAAGUGAUACUGGUCGAGCAAACUGCCCUGUAAACACGCCCCUCGUACCAAGCCAACCUAUCCAAUUACCUUGCCCUGAGUCGACAUCAAACAGAAAUGAUCGGAAUGCUGACCGAGAGCCGGUUGCAGUGUUUUGUGCAGACAAUAGUGACCAUAAAUUCUUUGAAGGGUUAGACAUAUCCAAGGAAGAUCUGAGAAAAUUACAACAGGAAGAUAAUGACUUGAGUCAUGUUUUUAAGUGGAUCAAAGACAAAACAAAACCAAAAAGAGAGGAAAUUAGUGGAGAAUCGCCGGCUGUUAGGAACCUUUGGUUAAACCUUGAUUUACUUAUUGUUGUGGAUGGAGUUUUAUGUAAACGAUGGUUUCAUCCGGGUCGGAAGGAUGAAAUAUUGAAAAUUAUGUUGCCUAGAUCUCUUGUAAGCACAGUGUUAAAGAAAAUGCACUCGUCAGUUUAUGCUGGCCAUCUCGGCAUAAAUAAGGUAUUGGAUAAUGUCAGGACAUACUACAGUUGGUACAGAAUGAAAAGGGAUGUGCAAACGUUCAUCACCAACUGUGCCACAUGUCAGCACAUCAAACGCCCCCAAGCCAACAGUUCAGCCAGGUUACAGUCCUUUCUUACAGGAUCACCACUACAAAGAGUGUGCACUGAUUUUAUUGGUCCGUUACCCGUCACUGAUACUGGCAAUAGAUACAUUCUUGUAGUAGUGGACGCGUUCACUAAAUAUACCCAGGCAUAUGCACUCCCUGACUGUUCAGCCGAAACAACGGCCGCUACUUUAGUAAACCAAUUCUUCUCGAUUUUUGGUUGCCCGUUAGAAUUGCAUUCGGAUCAAGGAUCCAAUUAUCAAAGUAAAUUGUUUAAACGAGUAAUGGAAUUACUAGACAUUAAGCAAACCAGGACAUCAUCUUUCCAUCCAGCCAGUAACGGACAGGUCGAACGAUUUAACUCAGUGCUAAUUAAGAUGAUAUCUGCAUACGUUGCGGAGAAUCAAAAGAACUGGGACGUCCACCUCCCACUGUUGACCAGUGCGUACAGAAACCAUCAACAUCCCAGUACUGGCUACAGCCCCAAUUAUUUAAUGUUUGGGCGAGAGCUCUAUCAGCCCAUUCACCUGUCGAUGGGGGCUCCAUUACCUGAUAAAUAUCUCGGUCAACCCGUACCCGAGUACGUGCUGAAACUUGAACAAAAGUUGGACGACAUUUAUGCCACUGCCAGGAAACAUCUUAAGACAGCAGCUCAGCGUCAGAAAAGGGACCACGAUACUCGGGCAGUACAACAUAGCUUCAACGUGGGGGACGUGGUUCUCUAUUUGGACUUAACCAAACAGGUGGGUCGAAAUCCAAAAUUGAACCCAAAUAAAUGGCGCGGACCAUUCGUUGUCAGUCGAAAAUUUAGUGAUGUGUUAUUUGAAAUUCGAGGAGAGGGAAAGACGAGGGCAAGAAUAAUUCAUCACGACCGAUUGAAACCCUAUUAUGACAAUAAUCCACCCGACUGGAUUUUAAAGUUACAAACAAUUUGCCUGAGAGACAACUUGAUGGGAGCUACUCCGGAGCUUCCACGCGUUCUGCAAGAAGCUUAGAGUGAAGACAUUUUGGACACCUAGAUUGUAGGGAAUGACAUGCAAAUAUUUUUUUUUGGGAAGAUGUAAAGCUAACUAAUGUUGUGUUAAUUUAUCUCGAGACAUAUGAACUCCAGAGUUGAAUCGGUAACAUAAUGUGUAUAACAUGUAAUAAUUAUGACAUGAUUAUUGUUAUUUCGAGUUGAAGUUUUUUUUUCUUGUGUAUAACUUUAAGUACUUUUGAAUGUAUACCGACCACAAUAACUGCUUUUGCUUUGAAUUUUGUUUAAUAUAGUUUUUAAAAUUAUAUCUUAAUGCUGUACUAUUAAUUAAGUUUCAAGAUGAUGUAUUAUGCUUGAUCUAGUUGUUGUACAAUCAUAAUUGUUGAUUGGGGUGAAUGUAUUAGGCGCUCAAACUGACUCUGACCUUAACCACAACUGUUUAGGAGACCACGUUUGAGGUGUCCGUUGAAUUCAAUAGUCGUAGUCAAAGGUAGAGCGACGGGUAGGAUUGUUUUACACAAGGAGACGUAUUAGAACCAAAGCGAAUGACGUCACGAGUAUUACUGUGAGCUGUUUGUAAAUGAAUGCUGAAGGUCCAAGUCACUUGAAGCCAUUUAGAAACCAAUCAUAAGAAAUUUUAACGAGAAUGUUGUGUAAUGUCGGGACGACAUGGUUUUGUAAGAUGGGGGUAGUGUGGAGAGUUCGGACCUCGACGGCGCCUGACGUAAUCCGUCUGACCACCCAAGCUUGUGGAGAGUCGCCACCCAAGCUUGUGGAGAGUCGGACCACGCACGAGCGCCGGACCACGACGGCGCCUGACGUAAUCCGUCUGACCGAAGGAUCAAGCUUGUGGAGCACGACGGACCCAAGGAUCAAACGCCUGACCACUUACGGCCGUCUGACACCCAGACACGACCAUCCAUCUGACCAGGGCAUUUACCUGGGACGUCUAGACCGACAAUUGAGAAAAAGGGGGCGGGGUAUAAUCUGGACUGGGAGAGGAACUAUGGGACAAGGAGGUAUAAAUAGGGAAGAAGGCGGACGGACUAGGAACGGGAGAGCAGGGAGAAGUCAGAGUUGAGAGAUGAGUGAAAGUGUAAGCAAGUGACAAAUCAAAUAAAGAACACGAGGUUAAUGAUCAAUUGUAUCACCGGAGUUGUUUACUUAUUGAGUACCAGAUCUGGAUGAAGUUUGUCAGAUAGUAAGCAAGGUCCCUUACAAUAUUCAUGUACGUGGAGGGAGGCGGUUUGCUGUCUUGGGAACACGCUAACCUCUUCAAGAAAAGUCCAUGACCUUGUGAUUUCGUCCGUCCAUCGAAGCAUAACAACCUUUUAAAUUUAUUUUUUGGUUUGGGUGAUGAUUCCUCUCUUGGUCCAUACAUUCUUAAUCGUUUCCGUAAAAAAAUGUAGCCCGGAGCUUUUAAUUAAUAGUAAAUGAGCGCUGACGAAACAAAAAAAAAAUAACUAUAUUCAUAUACAAAACAAGGGAAUGAAAAUCGUGGACCUUUUACCACAUACGCAAAUACGUCACGAAAACAAUGUAUAUAACAAAAGCUACACAAUUAAUCUCCACACCAAAACAUUUAAGGGUUGAAAACAAAUCAUAUUUCAUUCAUCCUCCCCUUGGAAAACAGUACAGAUUGAUAUUUUUGGAGUUUCUUCGGCUCAACGUUAAACUGAAUGCGGUGUCAUCGGCAACGAAUCUAUGCGACGGACGACGGGAAGUCGGUCAACUAUGCGUUCGAAGAUUUUGCCUUAAACGCUAAAACAUGCGAACAAAAGCGACUUUAAUAUAAAGCAUUUUAAAAGUAGGUUUUACUUAAAUCUGAAUAAUUUAUUUCCCUUCAAUUCACGUUAUCGUUACCCCCCCCCAAAAAAGCAAACAAACAUAUUUACGUUGCCUAGGUGACGGCGGCCACAUAUCCUCCGAAAGCUUAAUAAGCUCAAUGUGUUUUUUCUUCUCUGAAAUAAUGAACAAAAUAUUUCUAAGAGGUCGUGGCCCGAAAUGAGGGGAAUAGCUCUUACUUUGAUGAAAACAACCACCAGAGACUUUCCGUAGGUAAAAAUAAAUAUUUGCGCAUAAAUUGAUAUCAAGAUUCUAUUAUAAAGUGACUAUCUUCCCCCGGGACAAACUCAUUUUAUAUGACAAAAUCUCACUCUCAGUAUUAUUAAAUUAAGAGUUGGCUUAUUGAUUUAUUGAUUUAGGUUUUAAUUUCCUUUCAUCUGUAAUGGGUAAUCCAUCCCUUUGGCGCUACAGCCAACGUAGUGCUUUGGCCUGCCUCACUACUUCCUUCCACUCAGACGUAACUAAAGCCUUUCUUUUCCAUGCUUGGACUUUCAGCUGCUGUAGAUCUUUUUCUACAUCAUCUAUCCACCUAAGCCUAGGUCUGCUUUGAGCCUUUUUCCUCUGGGGUAUUGGUGAUGUACCCUCUUCGUUCCUCUGUCAUUUGGCAUUCUCUCUAGGUGUCCUCCCCAGCGUAGCCUGCCUCUUUUUAUUUCUGCUACUAUCGUAGUAUCCUGAUAUAGACUGUAUAAUUCCUGGUUGGUUCGUAUUCUCCAUCCAUAUUCAUCCUUUGAUGGCCCAUAUAUUUUCCUGAGAACUUUCCGCUCCCAUGCGUUUAAUAGGUUUUCUGCUGUUUUUGUUAGGGUCCAAGUUUCACUUGCAUAUGUUACAACUGGUCUGAUUACAGUUUUAUAAAUAGUUUUCUUUGUUUCUCUUGUAAUGUUUUUACUUUUGAGUAUUUUCUGACAACUGAAGUAUGCCCUGUUUCCGACUGAUAUUCUUUCUUUUAUUUCUGUUAGUAAAUCGUUUCUUUCAUUUAACAAGGAUCCUAGGUAUUUGAAUUGAUUUACUUUUUCAAAAGUUUGGUUUCUAAUUUUAAUUGUUUCAUCUGUUUGUUUAUAAUGGGUAAAGUUGGACACAUUUUCUUUAAGGUCACUUUUACAAAAUUGUUUACUAAAAAAUGUCUCAUUUUCAUUUUAAAGUAUUUUGAUCAAAGCUUUCUAUGGCUUAGAAAAUGCACAAGAAAAACGCAUUUACUUUCGAUUCCGGUAUUCGCCGAAGCAGAGCAUUCCCCCGGGACAUCUACAUUGGCAAAGUUCUGGGACAUAGUGGAACACAAUAUGUUCAGGUUUGAAAUAAAAAGACAGCUUAAGUGCCAGACGCGCAUAAAGAGAUCAUGAUAAAGAGAAAUACCUGGAUAAGAAAGAACUCCGUGAAACGAGAAACAGGUAACAAAGCAUUCUGGAUCAUUCUCGAGGACUUUUUUGUUGUUUGUUUGUUUUGUAUUACAGGUUAAGAACAUCAAAAACCUUGAGGAGCAGUACAAAGGAUGGCUUGAUACGACAACGGACAACUGCCAUCUCGGCAAGGACUGCGAGAUGCAACUCAACAAAACUUUUAUGUUCUAUCCGGGAGUGAAAGUGGAGAACAAAUUUGCGGUGGGUUCACCACUAAAUUAUUAUAUUUAUUUUUUAUGUUUUUUUUAAGUCAAGAAUUCAAGUCAAAUCUGCUUUAAAACGAUAGUAAUGGUAGGGAUAUGUAUUUAUAGAUAUGUAUUUAUAGAUAUGUAUUUAUAGAUAUGUAUUUACAGAUAUGUAUUUAUAGAUAUGUAUUUAAAGAUAUGUAUUUAUAGAUGUGUAUUUAUAGAUAUGUAUUUAUAGAUAUGUAUUUAUAGAUAUGUAUUUAUAGAUAUGUAUUUAUAGAUAUGUAUUUAUAGAUAUGUAUUUAUAGAUAUGUAUUUAUAGAUAUGUAUUUAUAGAUAUGUAUUUAUAGAUAUGUAUUUAUAGAUAUGUAUUUAUAGAUAUGUAUUUAUAGAUAUGUAUUUAUAGAUAUGUAUUUAUAGAUAUGUAUUUAUAGAUAUGUAUUUAUUUAUUGUUUUUUUAUUUGCAUGGGCAAAACUUAGAGAUUGCUUUAAACGAGAACUGGUCAAAUCAAGAACUUGCCUUUCAAUAAAUUUGUAAAAUUUAAAUUUUAUCAUAAUAAGAACUGUCCCAAAUACAAUAUUGGUCGAAGGGAGUACUGAUCUACCAGAGGAAUUGUCCAAAAGGAGAUGUUAUCACGUGAUGAUCUGCUCAAGCUAAAAAAUAAGAUCUUAUCACGCCAUGAUCUGCUGGAAGCCAAAAUAUAAGCAACGUCAAAAAUUAUUACAUAACAAGAAAAGAAGUCUCUGAUAAAAGGCAACUCACGAAUGAAAUCUGUAAAUUGAACUGGUCCAAACCUAGAAUAAAUCCAUUUAACUUUUAGUCAAAGAAUUUUUUGAAUGCAGUUUUUUCAAACGGCGGACGGUGAGCUGCAGCCAAAGUUCCUGACGGGGCACCGUACAAUUCUAAAAAUAACGGCGGAAAUCACCUAAGAACCAAUAAGACAGAACGGACAUUUUGCGGUAACCGUCCGUUCUGUUUUUAAAAACCCACUUAAUUGCCGUUUCCUUUGCUGUCCUAAUGAUCGCUUAGCGUUUAAAUUAAAUGCAGUUGUUUUUGUGCGAUCAUGGACUAAAUGUUUUAAGAAGGGCCAUUUCGCAGUAUCUAGUCGUUCUUUUUAAAUGCACUUACUUCCUGUUUGUGUUGCUGUAAUAAUGAUCGCAUAGCUUAUGAAUUUAAUGCAGUUUCUUUUUUUUUUUUGCCUGACCAUAGACUAAUUUUUUUAAGAUGAGAAACUUGAGAGCAUGGCACAGCUGACGUCCGAGCUAAAACUCAGGAUGAUUAUGAUUAAUUACUUUUAUAGCACUUUUUUUUCAAUGCUAUUUUAGCAUGCUCUCAGCGUCCUGAUGUACUAAAAUCUUUUUAAAGAAAAAUGACUUUUUAUCUUUAUCAAUAUCCCUCAAAGAAUAGGCAAACUUUUGAAAAAGGUUCAGAAGAGCUCACUCCUCGUGACUUCUUUCUGUGCCCAUUCACACUGGGAAAUCUCAGUAAAAUUUGUUGAAUGACGCUGGUUAUGUAUGGAUACACGUUAAGAAAUUAGUUUUUGAAAGUACACAUUUGCAGAGCCUUCUAUAAAUUAUACGCCAAUGACAGAUUUUUUUAGCCAAUGCGCUCACUCACAGGAAGUCAAUGGAGAUCUUUAAGGCUUGGGUGAUAUGGUCAGAUUUCUGUAUACGCAGACAAUGCGUGCUGUAGUAUUUAGUGCCUUGUGGAGACUCUGAAUUUGGUUUUGAGGUAAACCCCACAGACAACUUUUACAGUAAUCUAAUCUUAUUGGAUUAGAGUGACUGCUACGGCAAUGGCCAUCCUCUUAUUAAGAUGAGGAUACAGCUGACCCAGAGCGCGGAGAUGACAAAAAACACGCUCUGAAUACAGAACUGCUAUGAGGGAUAAUCGUAAGUUUGCUGUGAGUGUAGAAGCCAUGUCUCUAAACGUGUUGAACAUGAGGAUCUCUAAAUGUUAUUCCAAUGUGCCAAACAUUGAAUUCGUCGGAAUCUUAAAUAGUCUUAAGUAAUGACAAUUACUUAGCUAUGGCAGUGAGAAUUACUCAUCUGUGACGGUGAUACUUACUUUAUCUAUGAAAGUGACAGUUGACUUAGCUACGACAGUGACUAUUGCUUAGCUACGACGGUGACUAUUACUAGCUAUGGGAUUCACUUGGUAAGAAGGCCCAUUUGGAACAAUAGAACGAACCAUUUGUUUCCCAAACAAAAAAAAAAAAACCCUAAAGGAAUUACUUCAAAAAAAGGAAAAAAAAAAAAAAAAAAGAAGUUUAGAAAACAGGUGUCUAUGAUUUCAUUCUCACAGAUGUUUAAUCGUGAUCCACUUUUUUUUUUGGUUCCAUAAUAAUAUACAAACAAAACUUUAAAAAUAUUAAUCAAAGAAUUUCUUGAACAGACAACUAUAAAUUCGGUCUACACUCCUUCGGUGGUAGCUCUGGAAACUAAAACCGGAUGGACCAGUAUUUCCUUCUUUACAAGUCUAACCAAAGAAGCCCAUAAGCAAACUCUUAGCAUGAUCUUUAACGUUCUCAACCUAAGACUCCGAUGGAGACGGAAAUUCAUUUACAACUCAGGCAAUUAUAUGGACUUUACCACGUCGACUUUCCAGAAAGUCAAGACAACGUCUAUGAGAGUGAGGGGCAGUUUCAGAUAUGCAUUUUCUCAUGCGUUAAAUGGUCACGUGCUGAAGAUUCCCUUUGAGAACGACCGCUUCGGCUUCUACAUCAUACAACCCACCACUGCCGACGGCUUGGCUAAACUGGAGGGUAAGCUCGCUAGACGUAGCUUACAUCUGGAUCAAGUGUUAGAUUCGGUCAAGGUGCGGGACGUUCUAGUCGAGCUGCCGUUGUUAAGAUUCGCAGACGUGAUAGAACUGGAAGCGCCACUGCGAAAACUGGGAAUAAACGCCGCCUUUGCCUAUGAUGCCGACUUCACAAAGGCCACGCCCCUGAGAUGUAACAUCGGCCAGGCUAGACAGGUCCCUCUGAUGAAUCUCGG